GCGUUGUGACGGAUAACUUGUCAAUCGGUAUGCAGUUAUUUUGGGAUUGCGGCUUUAUUUACAUUUUCUUUGACGUUUUGUCUAAAAAAGUAGUUUUCAAGUGUGUUUUACGUUUAUCGGCAUAUUGUAUUGUGCCAUGAAUAGCGACGAAUAUUCUUGUUUUUAGUUUUGUUUUAUAACUUUUUUUUUUGCUUUCCUGACAGAGGUUAGUUAAAAAUUGAUAAGAAUCGAAAUUAUUAUCAAAUUACUUAACCGUGCCCAUAACACUGUGGAAAGGUAUUCGAGUGUCAGCAAUAAAGUGGGACUACUCAGUUAAAGUGUUUGAUUGUGAUUCGAUUGCUAUAGGGGAUUCAUUAUGUAAAGUGGGAUUGUGUUAAAUUAAAUCAAGACUUAAAAAAGUAAAAGCAAAAGCCUUAUAAUGCAAAGUCAAACACAAAGUAAUUCGGCAGGCGAACCGCCGUCGCCUCCACCGACGCCACCAACAGGGCCUGCAACAAGAAAUCAGUUACGUCCCGUCAAGUAUGAUUAUGCAGAUUCAUUUGCUUGUACUUAUGUAGUGUCCGUUGUAGCUGCUUCCGUAGCAGAAUUAACUACGUAUCCACUGGAUCUCACCAAAACUCGUUUACAAAUACAAGGCGAAGCAGCUAGUAGCACCUUAAAAACCAACCUAGGCGUUAAACCAAAGUAUCGUGGCAUGUUAGCGACAGCUUUUGGCAUUGUCCGGGAAGAGGGUACAAUGAAGUUGUGGCAAGGUGUCACACCAGCUCUUUAUCGCCAUGUCGUUUACAGCGGGGUGCGCAUAUGCAGCUAUGACUUUCUGCGCCGUAAAUUGGGUACCGAUGAGAACGGUAUAAUUACGUUGCCACUGUGGAAAUCGGCGCUUUGUGGUGUUUCAGCAGGGGCAGUUGCACAAUGGUUGGCUUCACCAGCCGACUUAGUUAAGGUACAAAUUCAAAUGGAAGGCAAACGUCGUUUAAUGGGCGAAGCAGCACGUGUCCAUGGCGCCGCACAUGCUUUUAAAGAAAUUGUUCGCCGUGGCGGUAUAGCGGGUCUUUGGAAAGGCAGCGUUCCGAAUGUACAGCGUGCGGCACUUGUCAAUCUUGGCGAUCUAACAACAUACGACACUAUCAAGCGUAUGAUUAUGAUAAAAUUGAAUAUGCCCGACUGCCAUACUGUACAUGUACUUUCCUCCAUAUGUGCUGGGUUUGUAGCUGCCAUUAUGGGAACGCCGGCAGACGUGGUGAAGACACGUAUAAUGAAUCAGCCGACAAAUGAUAAGGGCAGGGGUCUUCUGUAUAAAGGCUCCAUCGAUUGUCUGCGUCAGACAGUGAAUAAGGAAGGUUUCGCUGCACUUUAUAAAGGUUUCUUGCCUUGUUGGAUACGUAUGGCACCGUGGUCACUAACUUUCUGGCUGUCGUUUGAACAAAUUCGUAGCAUGAUCGGCGUCGCCGGUGUUGUUGCAAGCAUACUUGCGUUUCUCAAGUGAUCGGAAUAGUAAAACGUUCUUACAAAGUUCAAUACGUUUGCAAAACAUACAAUACAUAA